CAUGAGCACAAACAAGAUGGGCGUGGGCAUGGCCAUGUGGGGAGAUGAGUACAGACAUCACCGCCGGGUGAGCCGGAGUGCCCGAAAAGAGAAAGAAAGCAGCAGGAACAGGGUGCCCUGUUCCAAUCUCGCGAGAUAAACUUUAACAGCUAUUUUUUAGCUACUUUUAGCCAUUUAUAAUCUAAACAUGAGAGCUAAUGGUGAUAAUUGAAACUAAACUUUAGCACUUCAAUUCAUAUAGCUAAAGUUUAGCACGAAGCUAAAGUUUAGCUCAUGAGAUUGAAACGGGGCCUAAUGGAAGAGGGGCCGUAGAGAGAGAGAGAGAGAGAGAGAGAGACGAGACGAGAGGGAAAGAACAAACAGGGGGAGCCCAUCCGCCGUGAUCAACAGCACAGAAGGUGAGAAAGCGAGAGAGGGAAGAGCCGAGCUGGCAAGCCCAUUGAUUCCAUCCAUCCUCGGUGCACGCCAGCCGGCGGCCUCCCAGUUUCCGGCGGCGCUCCGGCCGGCGGCGCUCCGGCCGGAGGCCGGGUGGAUCCCAUCUUGUAGGGAGUGCGGAAGCCGUCAGGGGCAGGAGAGCUCUUCCUGCCUUCGGCGCGUGGAGAGCUGACGCUUGGUCUCCACCAGGAGCUUGUGAUGCAACAAUAUGCUCAUGAAGGGGCCAUCUUCAGAUGUUCUCAGAGCAAGCAUUUCUAGCGCCCCAAGUACAUCUAGCCAUGGUUCUGCACAAGAUGAAUGUGAUUCAUUAGGGGAUGUGUAUGUAUGGGGUGAGGUUGUCUGCGAUACUUCAGUACGAACUGGUUCUGAUACUGUUAUUAGUUCAACUGGCAGGAUUGACAUUCUCCUCCCGAAGCCAUUGGAGUCCAAUUUAGUUCUUGAUGUGUAUCAUGUAGAUUGUGGGGUUAAGCAUGCUGCAUUGGUCAUGAAAAAUGGUGAGGUUUUUACAUGGGGUGAAGAUUCUGGAGGCCGCCUUGGCCAUGGAACACGAGAAGAUUGUGUUCGUCCACGUCUGGUUGAGUCUUUGACAGUUUCCAAUGUAGAUUUUGUUGCCUGUGGUGAAUUUCAUACAUGUGCUGUUACAACAACGGGUGAGCUUUAUACAUGGGGAGAUGGAACUUACAAUGUUGGCCUUCUCGGACAUGGCAAUGAUGUAGGACACUGGAUACCUAAGAGGAUUUCUGGAGCACUGGAAGGUCUUCAAGUUGCUUAUGUUUCAUGUGGGACCUGGCAUACAGCCUUGAUAACAUCCAUGGGCCAGUUAUUUACCUUUGGGGACGGUUCAUUUGGUGUAUUAGGUCACGGAGAUCUGAAAAGUGUUUCUUACCCAAGGGAGGUAGAGUCACUAUCAGGGUUGAAAACAAUUGCUGUGGCAUGUGGUGUGUGGCACACUGCAGCUAUAGUGGAGGUUAUUGUCACUCGGUCCAGUUCAAGUGUAAAGCUAUCUGCUGGAAAGCUGUUCACAUGGGGAGAUGGUGACAAGCAUCGACUUGGUCAUGGUGACAAAGAAACUCGACUUAAGCCGACUUGCGUGGCUACACUUAUUGAUCAUGAUUUUUAUAGGGUGGCAUGUGGGCACAGCCUUACUGUAGCCUUGACAACUUCUGGACAAGUAUUGAGCAUGGGUAAUGCUGUUUAUGGUCAGCUUGGAAAUCCUCAUUCAGAUGGAAGGAUACCAUGUUUAGUUGAAGACAAGAUUGUGGGUGAACAAGUUCUCCAAAUUGCCUGUGGAUCCUACCACGUCGCAGUUUUGACAAAUAGGAGUGAAGUUUUUACAUGGGGGAAGGGAGCUAAUGGAAGAUUGGGCCAUGGAGAUACAGAGGAUCGGAAGGUGCCUACACUGGUUGAAGCCUUGAAAGAUAGAGCUGUUAGGUACAUAGCCUGUGGUGCAAACUUCACUGCUGCUAUUUGUCAAUAUAAAUGGGUUUCUGGAGCUGACCAAUCACAGUGCUCCUCAUGUCGACAACCAUUUGGGUUUACACGAAAGAGGCGCAACUGCUAUAAUUGUGGACUUGUCCAUUGUAAUUCCUGCACCUCGCGGAAGGCUUUGAGAGCAUCACUGGCUCCUAGUCCUGGGAAACCCUACCGUGUUUGUGAUUCAUGUUUCUUGAAGUUGAAUAAUGCCUCAGAUCCUAAUGCAGCUAACCGGAGGAAAGAUCCUGUUCCCUAUCAACCUGUUGAAAGCAAUGGCGAUGCUAAAGUAGGAAAGGCUAGUUUGCCUAGCAAUAUGGAAAUGAUUCGAAAUUUGGAUAUCAAAGCAGCAUGGCAAGGGAAGAAAACUGAUGGGCUAUCGUUUCUCCGGAAUCCUCAAGUUAGUUCGCUCCUGCAGCUGAGUGAUAUUGCUUUAUCUGGUGGCUUGGGCAUGAACAGAUCAGCUCCGAGAGCGGUACACAUAUCUGCAGCUCGCUCGGUUACUACUUCAAGAGCUGUUUCCCCUUUCUCUCGCAAGCCCAGUCCACCGCGUUCUACUACACCAGUUCCAACAGCCCAUGGUCUUUCUUUCUCAAAAAGUGCUACUGAUAAUAUUGUGAAAGCAAAUGAGCUCUUAAAUCAGGAAGUUGAAAGACUGCGUGCACAGGUUGAUAACCUGAGAAAUCGCUGUGAGCUUCAAGAACUUGAGCUUCAAAAAUCAGCAAAAAAAGUACUAGAGGCCAUGACACUGGUUGCCGAAGAAUCUGCAAAAUCCAAAGCUGCAAAAGAAGUUAUAAAAUCUUUAACCGCUCAGCUCAAGGAUAUGGCUGAGAGAUUACCACCAGACCACGGGGCCUAUAAUGUCAAUGAGACAAAGCAAUCACAUAAUCCGAAUGGCAUUGACUCACAUGCUGCUAGCUACUCUAGCAUGAAUGGAAUUCACCAGACACGGAAUGAGUUGCUCAAUGCUUCAAUUGCACAUAGUCUGAACUCUGGACGACCAUCGUCGCAUUGCAAUGGAAUCUCAGGACAACAUAAAUUACUGGGCAAUGUGAGUGAACACAGUGACUGCAGCACUCACAGCCUAAGAAUUACCGCUCCUCACGAUUCAGAGCUUCCUAGUCGAAGAGCACGCAGCAGCAGUGAUGAGAUGCUGACAGCAGGCAGUAGAGUGGAUGACAAUCUGAACGUUGAUGCUGUGUCCCUUCAAAGCGGCGAGGAUGGCUACAAGCCUCGAGGCACAAUACCAUUGCCAAGCAACCAAGUUCAGGCUGAAUGGAUCGAACAAUACGAACCUGGCGUAUACAUAACACUCACAACCCUUCGUGAUGGGACCCGGGAUCUGAAGAGGGUUCGCUUCAGCCGAAGACGUUUUGGCGAACAUCAGGCGGAAAAUUGGUGGAAUGAGAACCGGGAAAAAGUGUAUGAGCGAUACAACGUGAAGAGCUCUGAGCGUGUGUCGUCGGCAGCCUCAACCCGGUCUGCGUAUUAACUUGAGGAGACCUGUGUCAUCUUGGAACUUGUAGAAAAACUGCAAAGGCUGCAGCAUCACUACUCAACAGCAGCAAACUAUUCAGGUCAUACAUACUGGGAGAUGACAAAAGGCCAGCGGCCAUUAUUAUUUUGUUGGCACUACACAAUGCUGGAUACAAUGCUAGGCUAUGUAUGUUAUCGGUCUGUUUUGGUGUAAUGCACAUAGUCACAUAGACGAUGAUACACGAGAAGUGAAACCAUGUUUUAGGUCAGCAAACAUCACUAGGCAAGGUAGGUUAGGUUCUUUGACUGCCUAUUUUUCCUCUUUCCUUUCCACGGAUAUGCUUACUUAUGUAUGUUGACAUUUAUAUAUGGUAAAAGUUAUCAUGCAGCAAUGUAAUUGUUAUGCUUUUGUGGUUUGUGCU